UUCAUAAUCAGGGUGGUGAGUCCGUAAAGACUAUAAAAGUCACGAUCCUGCUCAACUCUUCGCACUCCUAUUUGAUUCUUCUAGCUGCCUUGCUGCUGGGCAACCAGGACACCAAAAUGAGUGCAAAAAAGUCUCCUGAAGAACUGAAGAGCAUUUUUGCAAAAUACGCAGCCAAAGAAGGUGAUCCAGACCAGCUGUCGAAGGAGGAGUUGAAGCUAUUGAUUCAGACUGAAUUCCCCAGUUUGCUGAAAGGCCCCAGCACCCUAGAUGACCUGUUUCAAGAACUGGACAAGAAUGGAGACGGAGAAGUUAGUUUUGAAGAAUUCCAGGUGUUAGUCAAGAAGAUAUCCCAGUGAAGGAAAAAAAACAAGACAAUGUAUCAUUCCAAAAGAAGAGCGCCUGGGAUGUGGCCCUAUUCUAUAUGGAAUCACUAAUGUCUCUGGUCAAUUCUUUGCAAUUAUAACGGUUUGGCUGUGAAGGCCAAUUACUGUUAAUAAAGAAAUUCUUACACAUGUC